AACAAAGCGGCCAAAAUGGCGGAUCGCGUGAACACUGUGCUAGAGUACUUUUCAUUAUUGUGAAAAAACAGGUGGAAAAUGCUUCUCGGAGAUGUUAUAAAUGGAAAAGAAAAUUCUCAUCUUGUUCUCAUUCAUGAUGAUGUGAAUCGAAAUGGUAAGCCCCUGCUCUGUUGUUUUGUGAAGUCGCUACUGGAGAGGGCUGACUAUGUGCAUGUAGUACUCUGGGAUGUACCACCACAGCAGUUUGUUGAUUCAUUUGACCCACACUUGAAAGAAAGAAUUUAUUGCUAUGAUGGCUUUUCAGAUCCUCUUGGAUGGAAUCUUACAAGGUGAUGUCGUUAAGGUAGCUGUUGUAUUCAAUUCAUUGAGUAGGCUUUUACUGUGGAAAUCUUCGGCAAUGGUGUGCACACUACUAAAUCAACUGUACUCCAACUCAUCACACUCACAGGAAGGUUAUCAAGUGGUUCAAGUUGUUGCUUUAGUGCAUUCUGAUCUUCACGAUGACCAGACAUUAAAUACUAUCAAUUUCUUGGCUUCAUCACUUCUUUGGAUUACACUGGACAAGGAAGAGAAAGAUCAGUCAGUGAACUGGUGCAAGGUUCUUCACAAGAGGAAAACUGGAAAAGUGAUAAAGAAGUUUGAAAGCUUUGCCAUCAAUGAUAAACAUGUACUGACUGAAUACGAGGAAAAGGAUUGGAAUGGUUCUUCUUCAAAAGCUGUCAGUGAAUCUGUUAAUGAGGUUGAUCCAACUAAAAAUCUCACAUUCAGUCUGAAGCUGACAGAUAAUGAGCGCCAAGCUCGAUCCAAACUGAAACUUCCCUACAUGCACCACGAAGAGGAGAGAAGCGAGGUCACUGUAAACCCUGUGGGUGAAGGAAAAGUGUUCUACCAACCUGAUGAAGCAGAUGACUUUGAUGAAGAUGAUCCUGAUGAAGACUUAAAU